GUAGACACGGCCCUCUUUUAAAGUUCCUGGGGGAAGAGUGAAGGGAACCGGACAAACCGAAGGAAAGGGGCCAAGAUUGAGCUCAGAGGAUAAAUAUUCACACAUUACCCUCCCCCCCCCCCAGGAGGACCGCCGCUAAACCGAGAACAAGGUGCAACACGGAAAACCAAGGUCUUGACUGCCCGAGAACGUCAGAAAAUAAAGAAAAUGGCGGAGCCAGACAAAUUAAACAUCGACUCUAUAAUUCAGCGUCUCUUGGAAGUCAAGGGCUCUCGACCAGGGAAGAAUGUCCAGCUGACAGAGAGUGAGAUCCGUGGCCUUUGCCUCAAGUCCCGUGAAAUCUUCCUGAGCCAGCCAAUCCUGCUUGAACUAGAGGCUCCCCUCAAAAUCUGUGGUGAUGUCCAUGGUCAGUACUAUGAUCUGCUUCGGCUCUUUGAAUAUGGAGGCUUCCCCCCAGAAAGCAACUACCUGUUCCUGGGUGACUAUGUAGACAGAGGGAAGCAGUCACUGGAGACUAUCUGCCUGCUACUCGCCUACAAGAUCAAAUAUCCAGAGAAUUUUUUCCUGCUGCGUGGAAACCAUGAAUGCGCCUCUAUUAAUCGAAUCUACGGUUUUUAUGAUGAGUGUAAGCGACGGUAUAACAUUAAACUGUGGAAGACCUUCACAGACUGUUUCAACUGUUUACCGGUUGCUGCCAUUGUAGAUGAGAAAAUCUUCUGCUGUCAUGGAGGUCUCUCUCCUGAUCUUCAGUCUAUGGAGCAGAUCCGCAGAGUAAUGCGACCCACAGACGUGCCUGACCAGGGUUUGUUGUGUGACCUGCUGUGGGCCGAUCCAGACAAAGAUGUGCUGGGCUGGGGUGAAAAUGACCGUGGUGUCUCCUUCACAUUCGGGGCAGAUGUGGUGGCCAAAUUUUUGCACAAACACGACAUGGACCUAAUAUGCAGGGCGCAUCAGGUCGUAGAAGAUGGUUAUGAAUUUUUUGCAAAGAGGCAACUCGUCACCUUAUUCUCUGCUCCAAACUACUGUGGAGAAUUCGACAACGCCGGUGCCAUGAUGAGUGUGGAUGAGACACUCAUGUGCUCCUUCCAGAUUCUGAAGCCAGCAGAUAAAAAAUUGUAUCCUUAUGGCGGGGGAGGAAUGGGAUCUGGGAGGCCGGUCACCCCGCCGCGAAAUUCAGCCAAGUCGGCCAAGGCCAAGAAAUAACAGCCGCUGGAUCCCCCUCCCACAACCUUCCACCACUCUGUCUGCCCAACACUCUUUUUUCCUCUACCUCCCAAACUUGUUUCUCCCUCGUCACCAAACAGCAACAAAGCAGAGAAGUGUCCAGGGUUCAAUCAUGUUUUUUCUCUCUCUAAAACAAUUUUUAACUGUUCCUUCGGCUGUUUGCGUGCACUUUUUUGUGUGAGAGCGUGUAUAAAAAAAAGUGAGAAUGAUACAGAGGGAAUUACUGUAUUCUGUAUGUAUGUUUUUUUUCUUCCUCCUGUACCCUUUGUUCUGUUUUCCUGUCAUUUUGUAGAGAUGGGUUCUUGCCCAUCUGUGAUGUAAUUUCAAACCUGGGUGCAUGGGAGGAGGGGAGGGUGGGAGGGAGAAAGAAAGAGGAGCCUUAGCUGUUUAUGUUAAGGUCCUGCACUGUUUAAUGCUAAACACAAGCUUUUGUACAUCCUGUUUCAGAGGUCUGUGUAUGUCUGUGUGAUGGGAGGGGUGGGGAAGGGAGGGGGCGGGGGGGAUGGGAUCAAGUUGCACGGUCAAACGGUAACGGCACAUACCACACACACUGGGUGCACAGGUGGAUAUAUGUGCAAGGGCAUCCUUAAAUGAAAUGGAUUCACAAUAAGAUAAUAUUUUUUUUCUUUUCCCUUUUUGAAAACCAAUGAUUUAAGAACGCAGUCAUGGAUGUGAAAUAGUUUUGCUUCUAUUAUUUCUUUCUUUUCUUUUUUGUAGAUACAUGAAACCAUCAUGGUUUGAUUUUUCUUUUCUUUUUAGUUCACUUAAAGUUGAAAAUGAAUAAAAAUAACCAUUUAUUUGAA